AUGGAUAUUCUGAUUGUUCCGAUGCAGAUUAGAUUGCCGAGCAUCAGAUAUGGGCUGCAGUGGAUCCCUAUGCUAGGAAUGAGGCGUUCCAUAUCAACAAUGGGGACGUAUUCAAGUGGAAGCAUUUCUGGAGGUUGUUGGCUGAGCAGUUUGAGGUGGAAACUGGAAAGUGGAGAGUUCGAGGAGGGGCAGAAUCUGACCUUGCAGGAAUUGAUGAAGGACAAAGGGAUGGUUUGGGAUGAAAUUGUGCAGGAGAAUGGAUUAACACCUACUAAAUUGGAGGACGUCGGGGUUUGGUGGUUUGCUGAAGUUAUUCUUGGCACGGAAUGUUUCUUGGAUACCAUGAACAAGAGCAAGGAGCACGGUUUUCUGGGAUUUUGA